GAAGCUGCUAAGCUAGCAGAUGAGUAUGUUCUUAUACACAGGGCUGGCCGUGGUUAUCAAGCUUGUAAUGAUUUUGGUUACAGGAGCAGCAGCCACUCUUUUGUGGGAAGUCAUGCGAAGGAGGAAGGUGUUGGUCCUGAUCUGAACAGUAAGUCAGAACGGGUUUCCGGUGGGCAUGUUUAUUUGGAUCCCACUGACGUAUGUCAUUAUUGCAAAGCCAGGGGCCAUUGGAAGCGUGAAUGCCCUAAACGGGGUGCUCAAGUGAAAUCUGCUGCUUUUGCUGCCUCUGAAAAACGUGCUGGUUUUGUUUCCUCUAAGCAGGUGGAAGUAGGACGGAAGUACACCUUGGACCAGGGGGAUUUUUCUCCUUUCGUUUCUGAUGGCCAUGUGUCCAUAGUGGGGAGUGAUGCUACAGUGCCGGUAAAAAUUUUGAGGGAUACUGGGGCUUUUAAUUCAUAUAUUGUGAGCUCUGUAUUACCCUUUUCUGAGGAAACCGACACUGGAGACCAUGUUUUGAUGCGGGGCAUGGGGCUUUUGGUGGAACCAGUUCCACUGCAUAAAUUGACGUUGACUAUUGGAUUGGUUCAGGGUGAGGUUAUUAUGGGAGUCCGCCCUGCACUUCCUCUAGAGGGAGUGGAUGUAAUCUUGGGCAAUGAUCUUGCUGGUGGACGGGUGUGGACUGAUUGUCCGCUACCUGCACCCAUAGUAACUUCUUCCCCUGUUUUAGGGAAGUUGGAUGAGAGUGCUCAGUGUUUCCCUGGGGUUUUUACGGCUUGUGCAGUGACACGAGCUAUGUGCCGUGCUGAAUCUGCAUCGCCCCCUGACCAUGAUGAUGGGGGAGCAGAGGAAAGUGAUUUUUUCUCUGUUUAUGUCCCUGUUUCUCUUUUGUCUGUUUCUCAUAGUGACCUGAUGGCGGAGCAGAGGGCAGAUUCUUCUCUUCGUCAUCUGUUUGAUCAGGUUGUCACUGAGGAAGAGAGUGUGGUCAGUGGGUACGUGUUGAAGGAUGGAUUGCUGGUACGGAAAUGGUUGAUACAUGGGGAAGAUUUUGUUGGUGGUCCACUCUGGCAGACUGUUGUUCCCUCUAAAUUUCGCAGUGAAGUGUUGCGGGCUUCCCAUACUCAAUCGGGACAUUUGGGGGUUCACAAAACUUAUAAUUAUAUCCUGCGUUAUUUUUUUUGGCCUCGGUUGAAAAAGGAUGUGUCCGAGUAUAUCAAAACCUGCCAUACAUGUCAGAUGACAGGAAAGCCAAACCAGAACAUUAAACCGGUUCCCUUGUAUCCAAUUCCGGUAAUUAUGCAACCCUUUGAACAUCUCAUUAUUGAUUGUGUUGGUCCUUUGCCUCGUUCUAAGGCUGGGAGUAAUUAUUUGUUGACCGUAAUGUGUCAGACAACAAGAUAUCCAGCUGCAUAUCCACUCCGUACUAUCACUGCUAGAUCUGUGGUGAAGGCUCUGACCCAGUUUAUUUCCAUUUUUGGUAUUCCGAAAGUUAUCCAGUCUGAUCAAGGUUCAAGUUUUUCUUCUCAUUUAUUUGCUCAAGUUUUGAAACUGUUACAGGUGACGCAUAAUCAGGCUUCUGCAUACCAUGCUCAAAGUCAAGGUGCUCUCGAGAGGUUCCAUCAGACCCUCAAGUCCUUGUUGCGUGGUUACUGUGUGGAGUUAAACCAGGAUUGGGAGGAUGGUUUGCCUUGGCUUCUGUUGGCUGCUCGUGAGGUGGUGCAGGAGAGCACUGGUUUUAGUCCAAACGAGCUUGUUUUUGGACAUGCAGUGCGUGGGCCGCUUAAACUGUUGCAUGACGCUGUGAGACCUUCACAACCUCCGAGUAACUUAAUUGACUAUGUCAAUGGUUUUAGGCGUCGUUUGUAUGUGGGGGUGGAAAUGGCGAGGGAGAAGUUAACCUCUUCUCAGGAGAAAAUGAAACGCAUCUAUGACCGUAAGGUGGAACAUCGGUGUUUUAGUCCUGGUGAUCGGGUACUUGCAUUAUUACCAGUUGUCAGCUCCCCCUUUCAGGCUAAAUUUACAGGCCCAUUUACAGUUCUGCGCAAGCUGUCAGAUCAAAACUAUUUGCUGUCAACGCCAAGGCGGAGGAAGUCAACACAACUUUGCCAUGUAAAUUUAUUAAAACCAUACUACACUCGGGACUCACAGGUGUCCGCUAGUAAAGGUGUGGAGGCGCAGGUUGACAGGACUGUCUCUGUUGUUACUACAGUGGGUGGUUUAGGUUUCUUGUCUGCACUUGACAAUGAUGAGGUUAUUUCACCUCAUGAGAGUUUGUUGACUGGCAGGCUAAACAAUUCUGAUGCAUUGAGGAAUCUGGAUUCUUUAUUUGCACACUUGUCUCAGGAGGGGGUCGCUGAGUUGACUGCUAUGUUUAAUGAAUAUCGUUGUUUGUUUGGUGAUGUGCCCAGUAGAACACACUUAAUCCAACAUGAUAUCGAUGUAGGUGAGGCACGACCAAUUCGGCAGCGUUUUUACAGGAUAUCUGUAGAGAAGCGGAAGGUCAUGGACGGCGAGAUUCGGUACAUGCUUGAUAAUGGUAUUGCUGAACCCUCUGCAUCUAGCUGGGCUUCACCUUGUUUGUUGGUGGAGAAGGCUGACAAAAGUUUUAGAUUUUGUACGGAUUAUCGGAAAGUGAACAUGGUUACAAAAUCUGAUGCUUACCCUAUGCCACGCAUGGAAGACUGUGUUGAUCAGGUGGGUUCAGCUCAGUUUGUCAGCAAAUUUGAUUUAUUGAAGGGUUAUUGGCAAGUUCCAUUGUCUGAGAGAGCUAGAGAGAUUUCUGCCUUUAUUACUCCCUUUGGGUUGUUCUCCUACUCUGUCAUGAGUUUCGGAUUGCGAAAUGCACCGGCAACGUUUCAGCGUCUCAUGAAUAUGGUGGUUUCUGGGCUGGAGGGGUGUGCCGUAUAUUUGGAUGAUGUGGUGGUCUUUAGUGAUACGUGGAAAGAACAUCUGGCUCGCGUACGUAAGCUGUUCGAACGACUGGCUGAAGCACACCUGACCAUUAACUUGUCCAAGUGUGAGUUUGCUAAAGCCACUGUUACCUAUCUGGGUAAGGUGGUGGGGCAAGGGACAGUGCGUCCAGUGGAAGCCAAAGUAACUUCAAUUUUGCAGUAUCCUGUACCAACCACAAAAAAAGAACUCAAGCGGUUCCUGGGUCUUGUGGGGUACUACCGCAGUUUUUGUAAGAACUUUUUUACGGUGGUUUCUCCACUGACAGAUUUGCUGAAGGAUAAGGUGAAGUACACCUGGUCAGCUUCCUGUCAGAAAGCUUUUGAUGAUCUCAAAUCUGUACUCUGUUCUUCCCCUGUCCUUGCAGCUCCACGACUGGAUCAUCCUUUUGACCUGCAUGUGGAUGCAAGUGAUGUAGGUGCAGGUGCUGUCUUAUUUCAGCAAGAUGAUGAUGGGGUUGAUCGACCUGAAACGGGGGAAUGGCCUGUUAAUUGAACGCACCGGGUGGCUGAUAAAUACUGGCGUCCCGUCAGUCACGGGGUCUGCUUGGUUGGCCUCCGGACCAGACCGGGAGAAGCAGCAUUGGUCCACAUCUCUCUCUCGGACUGGCUGAGCAGUUCACCCAGCACAUAUUUGGGAUAAAAAUAAAUUGUUAUCUCUGUGGA